GUUUCUUUGCACAAGUGUACGGACGGGACGUGUGCGCACACGCCUAGUAUUUAGUUCAUUUAGUCUAGUUUUAAAAAUAGUAUUAAAAUAAUGUGGUCUAAAGUACUGUUUAUAUUUGUUUUAGCGGGCAUAGGCCGGGGCGAUGGACCAAAACAGCUAUCGGUGACAGUUUUGUACGAGAGCAAAUGCCCCGACAGUCGGAGCUUCGUGUUGCGGCAACUGCAACAGGCGAUGGUGCUGUUACGCGAUCAGGUGCAAUUGACACUUGUGCCUUUUGGAAAGGCAGAUAGUGUAGAUAGUGGAUACGGAGGUUUCCAGUGCCAACACGGCCCGCCGGAAUGCCAGGGGAAUAUAGUGCAGGAUUGUGCGCUGAGUCUCAUGGCGAACAGAGAUGACCUUGAGAAGACAGCGUACGUAGCCUGUGAAAUGAGUACGCUAGCUGGAACGGAGGGCAGUCUUAUGUGCGUGCAAAAAGCAAACGUAUCGUCUGCAGCAGUUAGCGAGUGCAUCUCAUCAGGGAGAGGCACACUGUUGCAGCUUCACUCGGAACGUGUGACAAAACAGUACAGGCCCAAGUUUAUACCCACUGUCAUCAUUAAUGGGGUUUUCAACCAACACAUACAAGACAUGUCACAGUUCGAUCUGAUUGGAACUUUGUGUGCGCUACUAAGACAAAAAGGAAACUGUGCAGAUAUCUACAAUAAUAACGCCUUGCAGUACGUAUUAGGAUGAUAUGAGAUAAUAUGAAAUACAUAUUUUUUACAACACCAUCCAAAUUUUUAUUACAUCUAAUGAAUUAACGGAAAGACAAAUGACAUAAUUUUAUAGUCGAUUGGUCAAGUUUUUGUUUUGAUGCGACUUCUAUUCUAGAAUUAUUCGUUAAAGAAUCAAAUCAAUAAAAAACAAGAAAAUGUAACCUAUGUUACUUCCUAAAUAUCUAACCAAUCUCUGUACCAAUUGAUCCAGUCGUUUUUGAGUUUAU